AUGCCGCCCUGCCCACCCAGACUCAUCACCCUCACCCUCACCCUCGUCCUCGUCCUUGCCAUCUCCUCUGCUACCGCACACAUCCCCGUCGUGCACUAUCAUGGCGUAGAGACGUUCACAGAGCUGGCCGCCGCCGGACUGCCUGUCGUCGUCCGCGGCUCGCCGAUGGCCGCGUGGGUCGCUGCUGGAGACUGGACACCUGAGGCCGUCAUGGCUCGCGCCGGCAGGGCUACCAAGGUACUGGCCAAGAUUGGCGAGUCACAGAGCCCGUGGUUCUACAAAGGAUGCUGCCCGGCGAGCCAGAUUGCUCUGGCCGAUGUCCUCAUCCCGCCCAUCUCGGCACUCGACGUGGCCGACGACGACAGCCCCGGCUCGGAGAUCUACUACUACGCCUCGUAUCUGCGCGGACCGCUCUUGCCUCUUGCUGCUGUGCUGGACGAUGCAGAUGCUGCUGGUGUCUAUGUUCGCGGCUCGCAUCCAGACUCGCGCGGACACCAGUUCUGGACUGGCUCGCCGUCCGCCACCACCCUGCUGCACUACGAUCCGGUCCACAAUGUGUAUGCACAGCUACACGGGCGGAAGCGGUUUGCGCUUGCGCCGUCACAAGCCUGGCCCCAUCUUGGCGUCUUUCCCCGCCACCACAUGCAGCACCGCGAUGCCCGCUUUGCCCGCUCGCACAAGCUUGAGCUCGAGAUCGUCGAUCUUGUCGCUGGCGACGUCCUCUACCUCCCGCCAGGCACCUUUCACCAGGUCUCGGCCCUCGCUGACUCGGACGGCCCCUCGAUCUCGGUCAACUUUUGGUCGGGCGUGGCGCUUAUCCCGCUCUCGCCCCGGAUCCCAUGCUCGGCGGUGGCGUCGCUGCUUGACGCCCUCGCCGCCGCUGCCUCGCCGCACCUUGCCUUUGCCCCGUACUCCUCCCUCCGCGCUGCUCUCCGCACCAUGUAUCCGCCCGAGGGCGUCAUCGAGACCCCGACGACCUCGCCAUUUCGUCCGGUCUACGGCUCCGAGGCCAGCAAUCCCGACCUCAAGCACCACGCCGGGCUCAUCCGCCAGCACGCCCGCGCUACGGCCGCAGGGCUGGCUCGCCCGCUCCACCGCCCAGCUCACCAGUGUCGGCUUGAUCUCGACUUGGUCACCGCUUUUCCGGCUCGGGCUGCCGAUGCCCUCGACGUCGCUGCCACUUCCGCCCUCGCUGACGCCUUUGCCCGUCUCGCCGCUCGCGAUGAUGCCCAGCGCGCACCAGGCCUCGUCGCCAUGUACAUCGGCCACUACCUCGACGACAUGCUCUCUCUCCUCUACGGCAUGGACGCCGCCUCCUCCAUCGCCCACAUCAUCCUCUCCGCCCCUCCACCCGCAUCACCACCUACACCCCAACCCACCCCAUAGCACUCCAACGAGUAAACGCUCAUGCCAAUCCGA